AUGCAGAUGGGAGAUGAAACCAGACAAAGGGUGAAGUUUACAGACGAUCGUGUUUGCAAGAGCCACCUUCUGGAUUGCUGUCCUCAUGAUAUCCUGGCUGGAACACGAAUGGACCUGGGAGAAUGCACCAAGAUCCAUGACUUGGCCCUGCGAGCAGAUUAUGAGAUUGCAAGUAAAGAGAGAGAUCUGUUUUUUGAGCUGGAUGCCAUGGAUCACCUGGAAUCCUUCAUCGCAGAGUGUGACAGGAGAACAGAGCUGGCCAAGAAACGCCUGGCUGAGACACAGGAAGAGAUCAGUGCUGAAGUCUCUGCAAAGGCAGAGAAAGUACAUGAGCUGAAUGAAGACAUUGGGAAACUCCUGGCUAAAGCUGAACAGCUGGGGGCUGAAGGAAAUGUGGAUGAGUCUCAAAAGAUCCUGAUGGAAGUGGAGAAAGUCCGAGCCAAAAAGAAAGAGGCAGAGGAAGAAUACCGAAAUUCAAUGCCUGCAUCCAGCUUCCAGCAGCAGAAGCUGCGUGUGUGUGAAGUCUGCUCAGCUUAUCUGGGUCUCCACGACAACGACCGGCGUCUUGCCGACCACUUCGGAGGCAAAUUACACUUGGGUUUCAUUCAGAUCCGUGAGAAACUGGAUCAGCUGAGGAAAACAGUGGCAGAAAAGCAAGAGAAGAGGAACCAGGAUCGUUUGAGAAGGAGAGAGGAGAGAGAACGGGAGGAGAGACUGGGCAGACGGUCUGGAUCAAGAAAUAGAGAUCGUCGAAGGUGA